UGCACAUGAAUACUUUACGUGUCACUUCUUGCCUUCGCUAACCAAAAAAUAAAUUAGUACUAUUCUCUAAUAUAAACGUAUGUAGUAGCUAAACGACAUUAAAGCAUACUUAAAUGCAUCAAAAGAGAAAGUAGUUUGAGAAAAUUCAAAGAAAAGUAUGGAAGGUAUGCAGGAAAGAAGAAGGGAAGAUGAUGAAAGUGGUAAAAAAGAUGAAGAAAAGGAUGAACUUCCAUUAAUGGCAUUAAACCAUGUAUCAAGGUUAUGUAGAUCAGUAAAAGAUUCAAUAGAAUUUUAUACUAAAGUUUUGGGGUUUGUGGUAAUUGAAAGGCCUCAUGCUUUUGAUUUUGAUGGAGCUUGGCUUUUUAAUUAUGGAGUUGGUAUUCAUUUGGUUCAGUCAAAAGAUGAAGAUCGUUUGCCUUCUAAGAAAGAUACUUUGGAUCCCAUGGAUAACCACAUUUCCUUUCAGUGCGAAGAUAUGGAGGCAAUUGAAGAAAGGCUGAAAGAAUUCAAUGUCAAGUACAUGAAAAGGACAGUAGAGGAUGAAGAUAACAAGACGUCGAUUGAUCAGCUUUUCUUCAACGAUCCAGACGGAUUCAUGAUUGAGAUAUGCAACUGUGAGAACCUCAAGCUAGUUCCUGCAGGUUCCAUGGGCAAAAUUAAGCUCCCUGUUGAUCGUCACAACCCUCCGAUCGAGCUCGAAAAUGGUGAUGGUGGUAAGAAGAAGUGAAGUGCCUGUUGUAAGCUCAAAUUAGAGGAGAUUGUUGUCUUAGAUUUGAUUAGCUGAGAAAAUGAAUUCAUUUGAAUCUUUCAAGAUAACACAAUGCAAGAAGCUGUUGGCUAAGCUUAUUGCUCCUUUAUUUUACGAAGUUCCUCAAAUUUUUUGAGGCACUUGAUAAAAAAAUUUCAAACUAAAAACACUAGUUAGUAGGUUCAUGGAUGACUCUAAUUGGAAGGUAUUAACAACAAUGUUUUGGUGAUAUGGACAUAUUCGUUGUGACCAGUGUUCGAAUAGAUGUUCGUUUCCAUUGA